AUUCCACCUGUUUAUUACAAGUAGACAUCAAAGGGUCUUGUUUUUAUUUUUUGUUACAGUUUCCAUUGUUUAAAAAAAAAUGUUGCUAAGUAACAGCUCAACUAAACUUAAUGUUAAUAUUCGCACUUUGCUAGCCAAUUGUGAAGAGUUGGCUAAAGACGAGACAAACUUCUGGCGCCUGAAGAAGUUCAUUAAAUCGUUAGAUACUAUGAUCGAAGAGCUUGGAAACAUGGCGGAUCCUCACAGCGGGGAUAAAAUACACGAAUAUACUGAAAGACUGCAACAAUUAAAGAUGUUGACGCAUUACAUAGACAGUCCUCCAGCCAGCCGUGCGAAAAGAGCCAAAGAUGCUGGCGAUACAGGUGAUGCUGUUUUAAAAGAAAUGAAUCAGUUGAAUCAAUCAAAACAAUAUGUUGAACUACGCAAGGAGUUACUUCAAGAAGAUUCGUUAAGAAGAAGGAAACCUUUAGAGGAAAGUAGCGGGGACCAAAGUGAGGCAGUUAAAUUCAUUCGGGACAAUCAAGAGAAAAUCACUGAGCAUAUGCUUUCUUUAACGAGAAAUUUAAAGGAACAAACAGAAACAGCCAAUAAAAUAAUUAAAAAAGACACGGAAAUGAUGUCGCGAUCGGCUGGUAUGACCGAUCGUAACAUAAGUGCCUUAAAUAAGGAAACGGAGAAGCUAGAAGACCACUCUCGAAACGCGUGGAAGUGUUGGAUGUGGUUAAUGAUAAUAUUUGUAAUAGUAACAUUUAUAGCAAUGGUGUUGUUUAUGAAAAUAGUAAAGAAAAAGAAAUACUAAUUUAUCCAAA